CAUGUUCUUCAGCUUGAUCCAUGUUCAUCAACGCUUUCCUACUGACAGCGUGCGCACUGCCGACCUUUGGGACAGCCUUCUCGGUCCCUUUGGUCGUACAGAGACCAUGGGAGUCUGAUCGCGUUGCAGACGACAUCAAGGUCCCCGUGGUCUUGGGUGUCAUGUCCCGUUGCCCCGACGCUCUGCUCUGUGAAUCCGUCUUCGACCAAGUCCUCAAAAAGACUUCCAAUAAGGUCGAUUUCUCGCUGACAUACAUCGCCCAUGCUAAUUCUACAGAGCCAAACUUUGGUAUAACAUGUAUGCAUGGACCUGACGAGUGCGCAGGCAAUAUUCAGCAGCUUUGCGUCACAAAGUAUCAUCCCUUGCAGACAUGGUGGGAGUUCGUCAUGUGCCAGCACUACCAGACCCGCGAGAAUAUCGGCCGACCUGACGUUGCCCUCAAAUGUGCGCGGGCAGCUCAGAUUAAUUGGGACACAAGUGGUCCGGGCCAGUGUGCAGGUCUAGAUGCGAGUGGUAAAGCAGAUGAAGGUAUUCAGCUCUUAAAGGAGAGUAUCGCUGCGACACAGGCUCUGGAUAUAAGCAAAAGCUGCACCGUUGUCAUCAACGGUGAACAGGUGUGCAUUCACGACGGAACCUGGAAGAAAUGCGAGAACGGUCAUACUCCUCGCGAUUUCAUUCGUCAGAUUGACGAAGAAUAUGCAAGACUGAACAAUUUCUCACUUCACCUAGAAGAUGACGAGAGUCUCUAG